AUGCCCCGCGGCUUCCUGGUGAAGAGGAGCCGCCGGCCCACGCCCAUCUCGUACCGCGCGCGCUGCUGCUGCCCGCCGGCGGGCGGAGGGGAGCCGGAGUCGCCGCCGCCGCCGCCGCCGCUGCUGGGGCCGGGACCACCGCCGCCCCCCGGGCCGCCCUUCGGCCCGCCCCAGGGGCCCAACGCCGCCGCCGCCCCCGCCCCCGCCCCCCCGGCGGCCCUGCACAGCCCGGCGCGGGCGGUGAGCGAGGAGCGCCGCGGGCAGCUGGGCUCGCCCGUGUCGGCCGAGUCCUUCCCGGCGCCCGAGCCGCUGCUGCUGGGGCCGGGCGGAGAACUGCAGCUCUGGGCCGCCGCCGCCGCCGCCGCCGCCCCCCCGGGGCCUCCCCCGGGGCCUCCGCCGCCGCCCGCCCCGGCGCGCAGCCCGGCCUGCAAGCGGGCGCAGGGGCGGAAGGGCAAGGCGGCGCGCCGGCUGCUCUUCGAGGAUGAGGUGACCACGUCGCCCGUGCUGGGGCUGCGCAUCAAGGAGGGGCCCGAGCCCGGCCCGGCCCCCCAGCCGCCCCCGCCCCCGCCGUCGGGUCCGGGCCCGGGGCCGGUGGCGGCGCGGCUGGGCGAGUUCAUCUGCCAGCUGUGCAAGGAGCGCUACGCCGACCCGCUGGGGCUGGCGCAGCACAAGUGCUCGCGCAUCGUGCGCGUCGAGUACCGCUGCCCCGAGUGCGACAAGCUCUUCAGCUGCCCCGCCAACCUGGCCUCGCACCGCCGCUGGCACAAGCCCCGCCCGACCCCCGGCCCCGCCAAGCCCAAGGACCCGCCCGCCAAGGCCCCGGGCGGCGGCGGCGGCGGCAGCGGCAGCGAGCGGGACACGCCCAGCCCGGGCGAGGCGGCCGAGGAGCUCUCCUGCCCGCGCUGCGCCAAGCGCUUCCGCCGCCACAGCGCCCUGCGCAAGCACCUGCCCCUCCACGCGCCCCCGGAGGCCCCCGACGAGGCGGCGGCGCUGGCGGGCGAGGGCCACCCGUGCCCCGUGUGCGGCGAGCCCUUCCCCAGCAAGAGCGGCCAGGAGCGCCACCUGCGCCUGCUGCACGCCGCCCAGGCCUUCCCCUGCAAGUACUGCCCGGCCACCUUCUACAGCUCGCCGGGCCUCACCCGCCACAUCAACAAGUGCCACCCCUCGGAGAACCGGCAGGUCAUCCUGCUCCAGGUGCCCGUCCGCCCCGCCUGCUAG